AUGCCCUGCGUUUUGUACGUCGUCUUUCGGCGCAGUGGAGCCGGACGUGGUUCAGUCUCUGCUCCAAAUCAUACACUUCUCUUUCUUCAUCGUCUCCCCCGGUUCUCCAUCGUUACUAUUUCGUGUUUGCUUCUUCCAGAAAAGCACCGCCGUGCCUCCGCCUCAACUGUGAUGGAUGAAAGGGGCUGCUCCGGUAGCGGAUCGCGAAGGGGAGGAGGGAAAAAUUGGUGGUCCCGUGGUGGUUCUGUGAUGUUGAAUCGAAGAAAAAGAAAACAAAAUCAGCAACUAGGUGUUUCGAUUGUUGUUCAAAUCGACAGGCACGAUGGAGGAAAAAGAGAGAGGUUGGGCAGGCAACAAAGAAGAAAACGGAAUAGAGAAAUAAAUGAGUAAUGAGUAUUAGGGAAGCUUGUGGGU